GGUAAACCCAGGCCAAAGGUCACCUGGACAAAGGAUGACGCUCCUUUGGAUUUAAGUACAAUUAAUGUUCGCACCACGGAAUCAGACACAGUGCUGUUCAUCCGCAAAGCUGAGCGUAAAAACUCAGGCCACUACGAGCUAACAGUCCAAGUGGAAAAGCUUGUGGACAAAGCUACAAUAAUCGUUCAGGUUGUUGAGAAACCUGGUCCACCAAUGAUAGUGAAGAUAGUCGAUAUUUGGGACACUAAUGUGGCAUUAGAGUGGACACCACCAAAGGAUGAUGGGAAUGCCAGUAUUACAGGUUACACCAUUCAAAAAGCUGAUAAAAAGACCAUGGAUUGGUACACAGUCGCUGAACACUACCACAGAACCAACUGCGUCAUAUCCGAACUCAUCAUUGGGAAUGAGUAUUACUUCAGAAUCUUUUCCGAGAAUAUGUGCGGACUGAGUGAUGAUGCCACAAUCACGAAGAACAGCGCCAUGAUCCAGAAGGAUG